AGUUAGGUGGCGGCGCAGGUCCUGCCUCACUUAGUAACACGCGCCGUGAGCUGCGAGAAACCCGCCGUUUGACCCGGGCCGAGAGCAGCAGCGGCAGGAGCCGAUCUCUAGCCGCAGCAUGAAGAUCGAGGAAGUUAAAAGCACCACCAAGACCCAGCGCAUCGCCAGUCACACCCACGUAAAGGGCCUGGGGCUAGAUGACAGCGGCUUGGCCAAGGCGGUGGCGGCCGGGCUUGUGGGCCAGGAGAACGCCCGAGAGGCUUGUGGAAUCAUAGUGGAGCUGAUUAGGAGUAAGAAAAUGGCUGGCAGGGCUGUUCUGUUGGCUGGACCUCCGGGAACUGGCAAGACUGCUUUGGCUCUAGCCAUUGCACAGGAGCUGGGGAACAAAGUACCAUUCUGCCCGAUGGUGGGAAGUGAAGUCUAUUCGACUGAAAUCAAGAAAACCGAAGUCCUUAUGGAGAACUUCAGGAGAGCAAUUGGCCUGAGGAUUAAAGAGACAAAGGAAGUUUAUGAAGGCGAGGUCACAGAACUGACCCCUUGUGAAACUGAAAAUCCCAUGGGUGGUUAUGGAAAGACGGUCAGCCACGUUAUCAUCGGGUUAAAGACAGCAAAGGGCACUAAACAACUGAAGCUUGAUCCCAGUAUCUAUGAGAGUCUUCAAAAAGAACGCGUUGAAGCUGGGGAUGUGAUUUAUAUUGAAGCAAACAGUGGAGCUGUGAAGAGACAAGGCAGGUGUGAUACCUAUGCCACAGAAUUUGACCUUGAAGCUGAAGAGUACGUUCCGCUGCCAAAGGGUGAUGUUCACAAGAAGAAAGAGAUCAUACAGGACGUGACACUGCAUGAUCUUGAUGUUGCGAAUGCAAGGCCACAGGGUGGCCAAGAUAUCCUGUCCAUGAUGGGUCAGCUCAUGAAACCAAAGAAGACGGAAAUCACAGACAAAUUACGGACUGAAAUUAAUAAAGUGGUUAACAAGUACAUUGACCAAGGCAUCGCUGAGUUGGUUCCCGGAGUCCUCUUCAUUGAUGAAGUGCCAAUGCUCGACAUUGAGUGCUUCACAUACUUGCACCGGGCACUUGAGUCCAGCAUUGCCCCCAUCGUCAUUUUUGCUACAAACCGGGGAAACUGCAUUGUUCGGGGUACAGAGGAUAUUAUAUCUCCCCAUGGAAUUCCGCUUGAUCUACUGGAUCGGGUCAUGAUCAUCAGGACGCUUUUGUACACUCCCGAUGAGAUGAUGCAGAUAAUCAAGAUUCGCGCCGAGAUUGAAGGCAUCAGCAUCACCGAGGACGCUUUGCUUCACUUGGGGGAAAUCGGUACCAAGACAACCCUGAGGUAUUCUGUGCAGCUCCUGACCCCUGCAAGCCUGCUGGCCAAGAUCAACGGGAAAGAAGCCAUUGAGAAGGAGCAUGUGGAGGAGAUCAAUGAACUGUUCUAUGACGCCAAGUCAUCUGCUAAGGUCCUUGCCGAACACCAGGAGAAGUACAUGAAAUGAGAAGUGUGGGACGGGUCCAAUUGUGCAAAAUGGCACUUGGUCCUAAGCAAGCAGAGGACUGUGAUGGAAAUGCCAGCCAGAUUGUCAGAGUGUGCGGGAAGGAAGCAGGGGUAACAGUUGGCAAAAUGGAAAUUAUUUGUUAAAUAAAAUAUUUUUUUUGAAA